AUGAAGGCUCACGUUGUUCUCCCUUUGUAUUGGGGAGUAGGAUGCCUUUUCUUAACAUUCUGGGGCAUGGUUGAAAGUAAGAAACUCCUGGUUUUCCCUCAAGAUGGAAGUCACUGGCUUAGCAUGCGGGAUGUGAUUGAAGAGCUCAGUAAGAAGGGGCAUGAAAUUGUGGUCCUUGUGCCUGAAGUCAAUUUGCUCCUUAAAGAAUCAAAAUUCUACAAAAGAAAACUCUACCCAGUCCCCUACCCUCAGGAUGAAUUGGAGAAGCGCUUCCAGACAUUUGGCCACAGUCUCUUUGCAGAGAGGUCUUUCCUCAGCACAGCCUGGGCUGAGUACAGGAAUAACCGGCUUCUCAUAGACAUGUUCUUCCUCAACUGCGACAGCCUGCUGAAGGACCAUGAAACCAUCAGAUACCUCGAAGAAAGCCAAUUUGACACCCUCUUCACUGACCCAGCAUUGCCAUGUGGGAUGAUUCUGGCUGAGCAUCUGUCCAUACCUUCUGUAUACUUUUUCCGAGGCUUUCCCUGUGCUUUGGAGCACACAAUGAGCAGGACCCCCAACCCCGUGUCUUCCAUCCCCAGGUGCUACACUGCCUUUUCUCACCAUAUGACCUUCUACCAGAGAGUGAUCAACUUCCUGGUGAAUGAUUUAGAGACCCUCCUCUUUAAGGAGUUGUACACAAAAUACCUAGAUAUUGCUGCUGACUUCCUAAAGAGAGAGGUAGACUUGCCAACCCUCUAUGGACAAGGAUCCAUUUGGCUGUUGAGAUAUGAUUUUGUGUUUGAGUAUCCCAGGCCCAUCAUGCCCAACAUGGCCUUCAUUGGAGGAAUAAACUGCAAACAAAAGAAAAGACUCCAACAGGUUUGUCAUUUUUGCUGUCUUGGGCUCUUCUAUUUCCUACCCCUGCCUAUGUCCUACCAGCAAUGGAUAUCUGGUUAA